AUGGGUUUGCGUUAUUCUUCUUAUAUUGAUCCGGUAGUACCCACAGAAGGUAAACAUUUAGCGGAAGAUAUAUCAUUCCAGAUCCUAGAUUACCGACUAGCUAAUGAGAAUGGUUCAAGAAGUUGGUUCACGCCACGAACGAUAUCGUCUAGGUUAAGACGCGUCAGCUCUAGCUCUGCUUCGUCAACUUCUCACUAUAAAGUAUCAAAGAAUUUUGUUACUUAUGGUUGUCGAACUUGUAGAACACACUUAUCCUCAUAUUCACAAAUCAUGUCCAAAGACUACCGAGGUAAGACCGGCGACGCAUAUUUGAUGCAUAACGUCGUUAAUGUCGUUGAAGGGGAACCAGAAGUUAGAUCUAUGAUAACAGGAGAUUACAUCGUCUGUGAUAUAUUGUGCCAUUGGUGUAAAAAUGUGGUUGGUUGGAAAUAUCUCGAGAGCGAGAAGAAAGAACAACGCUAUAAAGAAGGUACCUAUGUGUUGGAAUUGCAAACUAUAUGCAAAUGUGAUUAA